CCCCACGGCGGUGCCGGGAUCCGAUGCGGCCGCAGCGCCGGGAGAUGGGAAACGGCAGCAAAAAUGGGGGGAGCGAAAAAGCAGCCGGUCUCCAUGGAAACGUGGGGAGGCCCCGUGCGGCGGCGAUGCGCCGGGAUGGGGACGGUCCCCAGGGUCCCUUUGUCCCCCCCCAGCUGGGACACAGCGCCUGUCCCGCUCUGGGGUGGCUGUGAUGGGGGGGGAUUGCCGUCCCCCUGCGCGGUGUCCCCAUCAGGGUGCGCGGGGACCCCACGCAUCCCAGCCCAGCUGUGGGGCAGGAUGAGGCCCCACGGAGCCAGUGGAUCCCACUGCCUGCCGUCAGCUCCUGGCCACCUCUGUGCCUCAGUUUCCCCUCCUGCAACUGAGCAGGGACGUCACCACUGCCCCAGGGCAGGGAAGGUCCCGGAGCACCGGAAAUCCUGCACACACCGGGCAGUGCCGGGCCCCAAAACACAGGAAAUGCCGGACAUGCACCGGGACCUGCACCAAAACCUGCACCAAAACCUGCACCAAAACCUGCACCAGGAUCUGCACCAGGAUGUACACCGGGACAAACACCGGGACGUACAGCAAGACCUGCACCAGGUGUGCGCAGCGCCUGUGCUCGGUGGCACCGGGGGACACCAUCUUCGCUGUCUCCUCCGGACACGGGCGCUGCGGGGUGGCCGUCAUCCGUAGCAGCGGGCCGGGCAGCGGGGGGGCCCUACGGAGCCUCACCGGGAGCCCCGAGCUGCCCCCCCCCCGCGUUAUGGCCCUGCGGCGCAUCCGGGACCCCCACACCGCAGAGCUGCUGGACCACGGCCUCGUCGUCUGGUUCCCAGGACCCCACAGCUUCACCGGGGAGGACUGCGCGGAGCUGCACGUGCACGGCGGGCCGGCGGUGGUGAGCGGAGUGCUGCGGGCGCUGGGGCGCCUCUCCGGGCUGCGUCCCGCUGAGCCGGGUGAGUUCACGCGCCGUGCGUUCCACCGGGGGAAGCUGGACCUGACGGCGGCCGAAGGGCUGCGGGACCUCAUCCAUGCUGAGACCGAGGCGCAGCGGCAGCAGGCACUGCGGCAGAUGGAGGGCGAGCUGGGGCGGCUGUACCAGCAGUGGGGAGAGACCCUCACCCAGGCCCUCGCUCACAUCGAAGCGUACAUCGACUUCAGCGAAGAUGACAACGUGGAGGAAGAGGUGCUGUCCCAAGUGGACGCGGCCGUGCGGGCGCUGGAGCGGCAGAUCGCUGCCCACCUGCAGGACGGGCGCCGGGGGGAAAUGCUGCGCUCGGGGGUCCGCGCCGUCAUCGCCGGCCCCCCCAACGUGGGCAAGAGCAGCCUGCUCAACCUGCUGUGCCAGCGCCCGGCUGCCAUCGUGUCCCCGGUGGCGGGGACCACGCGGGACGUGGUGGAGGUGUCCCUGAACGUCAGCGGUUACCCCGUGGUGCUGAGCGACACAGCGGGGCUGCGCGAUGCCACCGACCCCAUCGAGCAGGAGGGAGUCAGCCGUGCUCGGGAGCGACUGCAGCAUGCAGACCUGGUGCUGGCCGUGUUGGAUGCCACCACGGUGCCCACUGACCCGGCUGAGCUGGGGGCUGCCCUGGGCUCCCUGGUGCCCCCCGCCACCCCCUGCAUCCUGGUACUCAACAAGGCUGACCUGCUGGGGGGGCACACGGGGGCUCUGUGCGAUUCCUGCACCCGCGGACCCCCGCUGCCCCCCACCACCCUGCUGUCCUGCAAGACGGGCGAAGGCACCGAGCGCCUCCUACAGCUGCUGGGGGAGCAGCUGGCACAGCUGUGCGGAGACCCCCUGGCCGGCUCUCCCAGCCUGACACAGAGCCGGCACAGCACCCAGCUGGGGGGCUGCAUGGCCGCGCUGGCGCUGUACAGGCAGCAGCAGGACGUGGGGAUGGCAGCCGAGCAGCUGCGCCUGGCACGGCGGCACCUGGGGCGCAUCACCGGGCACGUGGGCGCCGAGGACAUCCUCGAUGUCAUCUUCAGGGACUUCUGCAUUGGCAAGUGAUGGGGGUCCGUGGGGGUAUUAAACCGUGGUGCCUUGGGCCGGUCUGCGUCCUUGCCCUGUGCCCGCAGCCCUUUGCCGGGUGCGGUGCUCUCCGUGCCCGGGGGGAGCGCAUCCUGAGCCCCAGCUGUGGGAAAACCCGCAGGGAAGGGCUGUGCUUCCUGGCCAGGAGGAUAAACACAGAGCUGGAGUGUUGAUAA